GCUGGAAAAUUAGAGGCCUGAGGGCCAGAGGAGAUUUCGGACCAGAGAAGACCCCGAACCUCGCUGGGAGAGAGCUAGAGGCCCCUGGGGAGGAGACCGAUAGCUAGGGGCGUGGUCCCUAGCUGGGUGGGGCCUUGAGUGGGGGCGGGGCCAGCCGGUGGACCCAGACGUGGCGCAGGGGCCCAGCGGUUCGCCUCCUUCUUGCGGAUCAUCUUCGGCCCGGUUCCGAUGCACCUCCCGCUUCCUCCACCGCCCCUGCUGCUGCUUCUUGCGGCUCUUGCGGCUGCCGUUACCACCUUCCGGCCCGACUGGAACCGCUUGCACGGCCUGGCCCGAGCCCGGGUAGAGACCUGUGGGGGAUGACAGCUGAAUCGCCUGAAGGAGGUGAAGGCCUUCGUCACCCAGGAUAUCCCUUUAUAUCACAACAUGGUAAUGAAACAUCUCCCAGGGGCAGACCCAGAGCUAGUCCUGCUGGGCCACAGCUACGAAGAACUGGAGCGAAUCCCACUCAGCGAAAUGACCCGCGAGGAGAUUAAUGAGCUUGUGCAGGAGCUCGGCUUCUACCGCAAGGCGGCGCCUGACGAACCUGUUCCCCCAGAGUACCUGCGGGCUCCUGCUAGGCCCGACGAAGGCGCUCCGGCCCGCGCUGACCUUUAA